AUGGCGGAUGGUACAGGCUAUAUUGAGAUAUGUGGGAAUAACAGGAGAGAGGAAGCGAACGAGCGACUUCGCUGCUGUCAGGUUUGUUUUAAGGUUGCUGUCAUGUUAAUAUAUUUUGGCCUUCUUUUGUGGCGAUUCAUCGGCUUAGUGCUAUACAGCAUUCACGCUACAGAUUGCUUUUUCCGGGAAAAGCUUGCGAGUUAUCGCUGCCAAAACUUCACAAUUUUUUCUCAUGCAAAUGAACUGGAGAUAAGUUGGCAGAUCUCUUCGUUCAUCAACACUUUGCUCGUCAUUCUUGUACUUUUUAAAGUACCAGCCUAUGAAGGAUAUCUUUCUGCUCUUCGAAACAACUCGAGACAUGCCCGGUUCUGGUCGCUUUUCGCGCAGCUGAUGGUCGCUGUUGGUUACAACAUUAUCGUCAUCUGCACAGAACCAUCUAGAGUAAGUAAAAUUAUUGAAUUUAUGUUCAUUCUCGGAGAAGUUGCAACGACCUUGGUAGUUUAUCUGUGGAAUACUGUACCCGCACCAUGGAGGGAACCCAGAGACACCGUAAAGAACUUGGCAUACUCGGUAACUCUGCUUUUAUUUAUCGUGGAGAACUUAUACCUUUUCGUCUUGAUGUCCACGCAAGCAGCUUUCCAAGUAACAGGGGUGAAUAACUUUCAACGAACCCCAUCCGCCCUUCAGGCAGUUACUAUAGUGGUCAAUGCAGGAGAAGCCACCUUUUAUUACGCCAUGAUGAAAUUCUUUUGGAACAAAUGGUUUGACGAUCGAAGAAAUCUUUUGAUCAAUGACAAUGUUUGAGAACUUCUUCAUUUGCAUCUUUCACGGGUAGUCAAUGUUAUGACCAACAAUAGUUAGUCGACAGAACAGUAAAUGAGGCGCGAUUUAGGAGAAUCUGAACCGACUUAGAGAUUACAAACAGUUUAUAGUCUCUUGAAAUCGACUCAAAUUGAAUAAAGAAGGCCUGUUCGGAUUCAGAAGCCGACAUCAAUAACGUUUUAUUGCUGUUCCCAAAACUGGUCUAAGAAAACUCCUUCAAAAUACGUUAUAAUAACUUAUGCAAUUGGCUUGGUACAUGGAGAGCUAGUCCGGCGUCUGGAACUGGAAGUUAAAUUGAAGUAGCCAUUCUUUUAUAAAUGACUUCUGAUCAAAGCUAGCUGCUGAUCAGAGCUAGGGGUUUUGACAAGCUUUGUGGAAUUAAGUAGUUCAUUGCGAACAUAUCCUACCUGGUAAAAAUAUCUCGUGUCGUGAGGUGAAAAAUCAGCUCUAAUAAUAUUUUUUAGAGUGUAGCUACAAAAUUGUUUUCGCAGCUUUAUCAAACACCUGCAAAACUACGGCUUGUGGGAUUUGUGUUCCGAAAACGAACCGAAGUUUCCGAGAUCCUCUCGUGUGACUUGAAGAAAUGUUUAAAAUUGUCGUCAGGAUUCACCGGUCAACAACAUCGACCGAUGAAUGUCAACUCGAGUACCGAGCUCUUUUUUGUGAUUUUCAAAAUCAACUCAGCUUACGUA